AUGCUUGACAUACUCGUUCAAACCUUCCGCAGAUGGAAGAAGCUCCUGUACUCGUAUCUCACUUCUGCCAUCCUCUUUUAUCACAAAGCAUUGGGGCACACUGCUAUCGGGCCAUCCUCUGGUUCUCUCAGCAUUACCGACAAUCGCACUCGCCGGAAAUACACCAUUCCAAUCGUUAACAAUGCCAUCCGCGCAACCGACUUUCUGCAGAUUACUUCUGCGGGGAUGGGAGCGGAUUUCGUCGAUCACUACGAGAAUAGCAUCCGGAUCCUCGACAAGGGAUUUUUGAAUACCGCGUGUACGGAAUCGGCUAUUACACUUAUCGAUGGUAAACGUGGCUAUAUUCAGUACCGCGACUACUCGAUUGAGGACUUGUUCCACCAUCAUGACUACGAGGAAGUGAUUCAUCUCUUGAUAUGGGGUAAACUUCCUACCCCGGAGCAGAAGAACACUCUUCGCAGGAAAUUGGCCGCCGCGAUGAAGCCGUAUCCGAAUGUAAUUAAUGUGAUCCAGUCAUUCCCACCCGAUUCCUUGACUUUCCCCAUGAUCCUGGCUGGGAUUGCCGCGUACGCUUCGUUGGACGAGGGGACUCGAGCAACUCAUAGUCAAAGCCAACCCUAUUAUCUGGGCAAGGAUGAAGCCGUGGAUGCUGCUGUUAUUCGAACCCUCGCUACGCUCGCCACAAUCACUGCCCUGGUGUACUGCCACAAGCGUGGGCGGAAAUUCACUCCAGCCAACCCAGACGAAUCCUACAUCGGAAACAUCCUUCUCAUGAUGGGCGUCAUUGACGAGGGGACCGGGCAGCCCAACCGCAAGAUCGAGCACUGUUUCGAACGUCUCUGGAUUCUGAACGCGGAUCACGGCAUGACCAAUUCGACCGCUGCCUUCCUCAGCGCGGCGUCCACCCUGACCGAUCCUCUAUCUUGCAGCAUUGCAGCCGUGGCAUCGGCCUACGGGCCCCUUCACGGCGCAGCCGUCGAAAUCGCCUACAGGGUCUUCGAGAACGUCGGCACGGUGGAGAAUGUGCCCAAGCUCAUCGCGGACGUCAAGGCCAAGAAGUUCCGCCUCUUUGGCUAUGGACAUCGCAUCUACAAAGUCGUGGACCCGCGGGGUAAACUCGUCCGCCAGCUCAUUGACGAAUACCGGGAGGACGUUCGGAAGAAUCCCCUGCUGCAGGUUGCGCUCGAAAUCGACCGGAUUGCGGGGGAGGAUCACUACUUCACGUCGCGGAAUCUCAAGGCAAAUGCGGACCUCUACGGUUGCUUCUUGUAUACUGCGCUAGGCUUUGAAACAGACAUCAUCCUCGCCCUGUCUUGUCUUUCGCGCUCGCCUGGCGUUUUGGCGCACUGGCGGGAGUCCAUGAGUCGGUCCAUCUCUUCCCUGCAUAUUGUCAUUUGCUAA